AAAUUAUGUCAAUGAAGUUGCCCCACGUCGCGUCGCGUAUGGGAUCGCGACUAUAAUUGAAAAUGACAGGCAUUGAAGCGCGCAUUUCGCGUACAGCAUGUGUCUUGACUCCACCUUGAUCUUCAAUCAUGUGAACCCUGUCUUCUAUCCCAUUCAUGCAACCUCUUGUCUGUACAUAUUUGCGUUUGCGCAUUCUAAUCUUGCCCAAGUUUCCUUACAUGUUCUGAUUGACUGCACACCAUCAUCAAAUCAUAUACCUCUACUAUGGAGGAAAGCGAGAGACAGAAAUAUGAGGCACAGGCGCAAGACCUGAGGGUUGCCCUGAAGCAGUUCGAGAGUGAUUGGGCAAAGAAGAACAAUGGGAACAAACCGCCCCGUGAAGCCAUCAAGGCGAAUCCCAUAAUAGCUCAGAAGUACAAAAAGUACAACCAAGUCCGCGAUAUUCUAGACGGCAAGGUCGCACCGCCGAAGCCCAAGGAGAGAAAGCGCAAGCCAGAGGUUCCACCAAACCAGACCCCCCCUAAGCGAUCGCGUCCUACUAUCACGCCUUCAAAGGCUCAAUAUAACACCGAUCUUCUUGACGGCUUCGAGACCCCUUCCAUUCGACGACUCUUCAGCCCCGCGGUCCCAACUUCGAUAGGACCUACUCCCCAGAGAGACGGCAGAGUGCUGGGACUGUUCGAUCUGCUCGACACCAAUGACGAGAAUACGCCAUCGAGACCGCGACAAGGUGAUGCGAGCCUGCCCGAUGUCCAGCUGCAUGCGACGCCUAGCAAGCGUCGGCACACUGAUACGGAAUCCGAAAGCGCGACCAAGCUCGGCAGGACGCCGCAGUCGUCAGCCAAGCGCAACAUGCUCGACAGCUUUAUGACGCCAUUGAAGAACCGAGACGGUAAUAUCCUGGAUGCCAAGUCGCCUAGCACCGCCGGCAAGUCGUUAUUUGCUACGCCAGCUUUCCUUAGGAGAGCCCAAAUCGCGCCGACCGAUGAGAAUGGGAAGUACGUUUCGCCUCAGCCGCUCAGACUACCGCGCAAGCCCCUGGUCCGCGGUCUCAGCAGCGUGGUCGCCAGCCUGCGGCAGCUCGAAGAGGAGAAGCUCGAUGAUGAUUUGGAGGCACUGCGCGAGUUGGAGGAAGAGGAGGGAAUGGGCCCUCCAGCGCAACCUACAACGAGGAAAGACCAGCCCAAGGAAGAAAUUCUAGAACCGGAUAGCCAGGGACACCAUUUACUGGGCGGUUUUGACAACGUGAAUGACCUCGACAGCGAGCCGGAGACACAGUUAGGACGUGAUGGUCAGCCGCUCAGAGUCUACAAGAAGAAGGGCCAGAAGAGAACGACCAGAAAGGUCAACAUGCGGCCCACACGCGCGAAGCGGCCGGAAGAAUCACUUGAAGAGCCUGGCUCUCGUGAUGAGGAGGGCAAUGGAGAAGUAGUACCCGAAACCCAGUUCGACACUACCCGAACGCUGGGCAACGACGAACUACUGGAUCUUGGCUCAGACUCGGAAUUUGACGACGAUGAGGACAGACCGAAGAAGAAGCCCAAGGUUCUGAAGAAAUCUAAGCCUGCGCCUGCGAAAAAGGCUGAUACCACGGAGAAGGAGAAUCCGAUUAAGAAGGCCGCCAAGAAGGUCAACGCUUUGGCUCAUGCCAACUUCAAGAGGCUAAAGUUGCGUAAUACUGGCUCUAAGGGUGGUCCUGGUUUCGGUAGCAAGUUCCGGAGGCGAAGAUGAGGCGAAUAUAUCAAACUGGGCAUCCAAGGUUGGCAUCUAGACUAACACAACUCUCGGAGCCGCAGGCAAGGGUCUGAUCAAAGAUCGGAUACACGCGAAACGUGUAUGUAAGAAUCAAACGCAUUGUAUUGCUUAUCGUACGUAAAGGAGGGUGAGCGUGAGCCCUCUGAGAAAGCUACGCGAAAACGAAGAAUAUCUAUACAAUGGCAAUGAUCAGGCCCACAAAACGAAGGACGGGCACCCCAACCCACUUCAAUAUCAUGAGGUACGACUAGAUGAUUAGAGCAUAAGCAGGCGCUGGGCUAAAUUAAUUUGAUCUAUCAAG